AUGCAAGCCAUUCGAGUAUUGCGUGCACAAUCGCGCCCUGCCUCGCCGGCACCCCUUGUCGAAAUGUCAGCCAAUGGGUCGGCGACGAUGGCAAGUCCAAAGCUCGGUCCAUAUGGACAAGGAGAAGAUCAAUCCCAAGGCCGUUCUGGCACUACCAUCUCGCGCAUCCAAAGCUUGACGCCAUUUCACAAACGUGCAGUCCCCACGCCACCUCCGUCCCCUGCUCCGAUGACGAUCGUCCAGGAUGGAGCUUACCUCAACACACUCGGUCUUAAACUCAACGAGGCUGCGACCAGGGCAUUGUCAGUGCCCAAUGGUACCGGUGCGGAUGUCUGGAAAGGGAAGAAGCCCGUCCCGAGUGGCCGCGGGCGGCAGUUUGCAGCUCUCAUCGAGUCUGAACUCGAUGCGUCUGUGGGCAAUGCUAAUCUGAGGUCUGCCAUCCUCAGGCUCUUGCCGCGCUCCUUAUCGGUCAUCGUUUCCUCCCUUUCGGCUCAAGCCUCUCAGCUUAUCGUCGUCCCUGGAUUCGUCCCAAGCUCUGUCACACAGACUCUGCACCCUGCGACGGCACAUGGGCUCGCGUUGGCUGCCUUUGCUUCCGAGCUUCUAGAAACGUUUGCGACCUACAAGCUCGGAGCUUCCAACUCGGAUCUUGCCGUCAUUCGGAGCAACCUAGAGACGAUCAUUACGCGCGUCAUCACUCCGCUCUUUGCCCAAAUCCAGGCCGAGAUGGCAAAUCUCCUCGAACCCCUGGGCUCUCCUUCCAACAAUGGAUCGUCUAGCCCUGGGUCUUUCCCUGGAGCAAGGACGAGCAAGCCGCAUCAAAUCAUUGCCACGCUCUCGACCCAAAUGCCCCUGUUCAAUCGAGCUCUGAAGCGCUAUGUGCUACCCUACUCACCCAGUGCCCAAACCGCAUUGGCCACGUUCCUCAUCAACACUGUGUGGACGUCAUUGGUUCAGAUUGCGCACCGCAGCCCUGUUGGUCUGACAGCUCCAGCGGCCAGUGUCGUUCACAAGCACUCGUCUUCGUCGCUCCUCAGCGGGCUCACACCUCCGGCCUCUCCCCCCAUGAAGAGGCUCACACCCCCGAGCUCACCUCCAACCAAGAAGCGUAUUCUGCCUCUCACAGACUCGCCUCCAAAGCUUCAACUCCGCUUGAGACGCGUCCCCAGCGGAGGUUCAUUGAACUCGCGGUCCAGCAGCCCCGAUUUGCGCAACGCGGCGCAGCUCGCCAUCUCUACAUGGGUCAAUUCACUGAUGGUGGACACUCGUGCCGUGUACGACAUUCUCUCGUCUGCAGAGGUACCUCGUCCUGCCGACGGGAGUCUAGCGCGCGAGGCUGUUGAUGAAGCCUUUGAUCGUCUUGCGACGUUUCGCGAUUGGUUUGUCGCGACGAGCGCCGCUGGAGGUCGCCUUAUUCACAAUGUCCCCUCCGAUCUCCCACUCUUAAUCGUCUUGCCUGUUCUCCUCAGUGAUGCCUGGCUUGAACGCUCGCUCGUGUCUUCUCAUGUCGGCACGAUGACGGCGUUUUCAACUGGGGACGUCGAGUAUCCAGGAAUGGCAAAGUUGAUUGGAUACGACAAUGAGGAGACGUACCGCAAGCGUGUGCUUUGUGGAUUUGGGCGCGCGGAAGAGUGCGAAGCCAUUGUUGCCGAUCGUGUCUUGGAUCGAUUGGCUAACUCCGAUGGAGGCAUCGAGUGGGCUGCCAAUGUGCGCCGCUGGCUCGAGGAAAGACAGAACGUUGUCGCCUAA